GCUAAGGGGCUCCUUACACAAACAACUGACAAGAUUUGGGAAAGACUCUUGAAAGAUUGUAGUCGUUUGAGUAAAGCUUGAAUGGGAGGCAUUCGUUAAAAGACUCCAAUAUUUCAAGAAUCUUUUCCAAAUCUCGUCAAAGUUGUUUGUGAGUCCAGCAUGCUCAGCCAUAUCUGCGCAGCGCGGCAUCGAAUUAAGUCUAUUGACAAUCCUCCCGGAAUCAACAUGCUGCAACAACGACUUCACAUCUCUUAAUUUUAGAGAGGCUGUUUAGAUAUUUUCUAACUAUAUUCAUGUUGUCCAGUUAUCGAUAUGGACCACGAAAAUGCAUUUAAGCAAUGGAAGAGGCAUUGUUUCAGCAAAGUUGAUUUUAGCAAGAAAGGGAACAUUGACGACGAAAUUUAUCCGGUUGUCUGCCUUAUAAACGAUUCUUCAAACUACUUCACCACAAGCUCUUGUUCGGGAAGAAUUAUUCUAAUUGAUGGGCUUUCAGAGUGCUCGAGAGUGCAGAAACAGAAUUGCUCUUGGUUGUUUGUUACACACCAGAAAUGCAAAGUGGCAGACGUGGUUUUGGGGUUACAGAAGGCAAGUGGAAAUGCUGUUUUCAAGUUUGAGCCAUUUGUACUUCAUGUGCAGUGCAAGGAUAUAGAAAGUGCUAAACUACUGCACUCUGUGGCAGUAAAUUCUGGCUUCAGAAACUCCGGCAUGUCAAUUGGAAAGAGAGGCAAAAUCAUAAUGGCUGUUCGCAGUACCCACUGUCUUGAAGUUCCACUUAGCCACAAGGGGGAGAUCUUGGUGAAUGAGAACUACAUCCACUUCCUAGUGCAGGCUGCUAAUCAGAAAAUGGCAGAGAAUGUCACCAGAAUAAAAAGGUUCUAUGAUGGCCUACAGGCGGUUCUUCAAGCAGAUGGAUCCUCAUCCAUGGCGACAUGCAAAGACAAAACAACAAAAAUAGUUCAGAAUCAGCAUCAGAGAAAAACACAAGACUCAGUUAUUGAAGACAGCCAAAUUCCCGCAAAUAAAUUCAGUGAUUCAGAAGAUUACCUAGAAACCAGUUUGAUUCUAUUUUCAUAAAAUCUCACACAGCUUUUUAAAUAUUUUAAUAAUAACACAUUGCAGGCCCCAUCAGCUAUUGUAAACAUUGCCCAUUUUGUUGAAAUAUUUCAGAUGUCACAUCCAGUCCCUGAACAGUUGUAACAUUAAUGAAUUGCAUGUGAUGCAACAGGCUGGAAAUUGGUGUUCUUACUCUAAAUCCUUUUCUAUUUACCUUAUUAUUUACAUUCAUUACAUAUUAAAGGUCAAGGUAGUACUCAAAAACAGCAUUUAUCUUUUUCAGACCCUGUUAAAGAGACUUGUUCUGUAUGGUAUAGAUUUCUGGUCAUGACCUAUAUUCAACAGUAAAAUUCCUAGGAAAAGACUUUAUGAAAGGUGUACUGUCUAUUCGUUUUUUGUUACUUUUCUUGUUCUGUUUGAUGUUUUGUUAGUUUUCUGUAGAUGGACACUAAUUUAAAUGAAAUACAUGCAAUGUAAAGUGUUUGAGUAUGCCUUAACCUUCAGUGCCCUGGAGUGAACUAGACCUUGACCUCUGAGGACAUGUAACAAUUCAAUGUAUUACAACAAAUUAAAAAGAUCACCAACACCGUU